CUUAACCGCAGGUUCCGCCGCCUCGGGAACCUUCAGAGACUUCUGUCCGUCAGUGGCGGUAGUGGCAGGGGGCGGCGAGGGCGGCGGGGACGGCAGCGGGCCUUCCGCGUGGCCACGAUGCUGAGCUCCCGGGCCCAGGCGGCGAUGAGCGCGGCCGACAGGGCCAUCCAGCGCUUCCUACGGACUGGAGCGGCCGUCAGAUAUAAAGUCAUGAAGAACUGGGGUGUCAUAGGUGGACUCGCCGCUGCCCUUGCAGCAGGAAUAUAUGUUAUUUGGGGUCCCAUCACAGAAAGAAAGAAGCGUAGAAAAGGGCUCGUGCCUGGCCUUGUCAACUUGGGGAACACCUGCUUCAUGAACUCCCUGCUGCAAGGCUUAUCCGCCUGCCCCGCUUUCAUCAAGUGGCUGGAAGAGUUCACCACCCAGUACACCAGGGAUCAGACGGAGCCCCCCACACACCAGUAUUUGUCCUUAACACUGUUGCACCUCCUGAAAGCUUUAUCCUGCCAAGAAGUUACUGAUGACGAGGUCUUGGAUGCAAGCUGCUUGUUGGAUGUCUUAAGAAUGUACAGAUGGCAGAUCUCUUCAUUUGAAGAACAGGAUGCUCACGAACUAUUCCACGUCAUCACCUCGUCAUUGGAAGAUGAGCGGGACCGCCAGCCCCGGGUCACACAUUUGUUUGAUGUGCAUUCCCUAGAGCAGCAGCAAGAAAUCACUCCCAAACAGAUAACCUGCCGCACACGAGGGGCACCUCAUCCCACGUCCAAUCACUGGAAAUCUCAGCAUCCUUUUCAUGGAAGACUUACCAGUAAUAUGGUCUGCAAACACUGUGAACACCAGAGUCCCGUUCGAUUUGAUACCUUUGAUAGCCUUUCACUAAGUAUUCCAGCGGCCACAUGGGGUCAUCCGCUGACCCUGGACCACUGCCUUCACCACUUCGUCUCAUCAGAAUCCGUGCGGGAUGUUGUGUGUGACAACUGCACAAAGAAUGAAGCCAAAGGGACCUUGAAUGGGGAAAAGGUGGAACACCAGAGGACCACUUUUGUUAAGCAGUUAAAACUAGGGAAGCUUCCUCAGUGCCUGUGCAUCCACCUCCAGCGGCUGAGCUGGUCCAGCCACGGCACGCCCCUAAAGCGGCAUGAGCAUGUGCAGUUCAAUGAAUUCCUGAUGAUGGACAUCUACAAGUAUCGCCUCCUUGGACACAAACCUGGUCGACACAGCCCUAAAGUGAAGGAGAAGGCAGGGCCUGCGCUGGAACUGCAGGAUGGGCCGGCAGCCCCCAGAUCAGUUCUGAACCAUCCAGGGGGCCCCAAGCCCCAGGUUUUUAUGAACGGUGCCUGCUCGCCGUCUGUGGUGCCUGCGCUGCCAGCCCCAGUGCCCUUCCCCCUCCCGGUGGUUCCUGACUACAGCUCCUCAACGUACCUCUUCCGGUUGAUGGCAGUUGUCGUCCACCAUGGAGACAUGCACUCUGGACACUUCGUGACUUACCGACGGUCCCCACCUUCUGCUAAGAACCCUCUCUCAACCAGCAACCAGUGGCUGUGGAUUUCCGACGACACAGUCCGCAGGGCCAGCCUGCAGGAGGUCCUGUCCUCCAGCGCCUACCUGCUCUUCUACGAACGUGUUCUUUCCAAGGUGCAGCGCCAGAGUCGGGAGUACACAUCUGAAGAGUGACUGUGCCCCAUCCCCAAAGCUAGGCUUGGUGGCCCUGUCCAAACUGCCCAGGAAAAAGACAAAAUCAGACUGUGUGUGUGCACGUGUGCGUGUGCGUGUGCGUGCGAGCAGCCCGCUAGAGUCCUUUAGCUUCUGGUGUGUUCUAAGAGCAGGCUCCCCAGAGAGCCAGUGGCCCCGAUUCAAACCAAAUCAGGCUCCCUGAACAGCUCUGCUAGUACGCACUGGAAGGUGUCAUUGUCGUGUUAGGAAAGCAUUCAGUAUGUCUAGAGCAUCUUCUUACUCACCUGCUACAGGUAAUUAAAAGAAAUCAGACUGCAGAAGCCACUUUUUUUAUAUUCUAAUAUGCUAAAUGUUCUUAAAGGGGAGUUACCUUUGUCAUAUCCUCUGAUGUUCCAGCAUAGAUCUUUUAUUUUUAAUAAGCAGGCCCACAUAAAAAUUGUUGACAAGAAUUAGUGAAAUUAUUAAAGGCAACAAUUUAGAAGAAAAAGUGCCUUUCACUUUUGAUUGCUUUUGUAGCACAUCCAUUCUGGAAAAUACACAUUCUCUAAGAGUCUUAGAAAUAAUUUUUGAAAAGCCCUCUUCUAGGUUUCUCAAUGGAUAGCAAAAGAACAGUUUAAAGAUGCCUAAGGAACACUCACCUUCCCUUUUUGUAUGUCUUUUUCUAAUCUUUCAAUUCUUUAUAUAUAGUGAAAGCUCAUCUGCCAAAUCUGCCCCUUGGGGAAAUUCUUUCACUACUUCCUCAGUUCUAAUGAACUGCUCACUUGUUGCUCUUACCUUUUGUAUAUCGGACUAAGAGUUGCGAUUAUAGCAUAAAUCCAUGUGAAUAGCCAGAGUUGUACACCACCACCCCCUGCCCCCGCCCCCACCCCUCUGCUCUGUAGGAAACCCUUCCUUUCACAAACAUCCCUUUCGGACGCCUUUUCUCAACUAUUUAUUCAUUGCUCAUUCAGAGCUCUUAAGAUUCACAGGUGGGGCAGGGCUCCGUAAGAGGACGCCCUGCCCUGAUUUGAAAGCUUGAGUCAGAAGGAAGGGCACCAACCAGGGGCUGCAGCUGCUCUGGACCUCAGUUUCCUCAUUUGUAAAGUGAAGGGUUAGAGCCGAAGACCACCAAAGGCCAGGCUUUUCCACAAAAUGUUUAAAUUAUUUUUUAAAUAUGUAACUGUAGCCGACACCUAGUACUGACAUUUGGUUAUCGGUUCCUACUCUCAAUGUAUUCGUUCCCAGUCGCCUAAUGCAAAAAGCCUAUAGUGAGCAUUCUCUUCCCUCUUCAGGUAAGUCUCAUGAAGGCAGCCCAGGGCAGAAGGCAUUUUGAUGACACAGGAGUUACCUAUGCUUUAGCUAGACUUUUGUAUUAAAAAAAAAAAAAAGAUAUCAAAUUCACGUGGACUCUUUCGAGAUAAGAUUUGGAAUCAGACCUACUCAAAAGGCCACCUGAGGUAAGGCUAAGACCCUUGCUUCCUCCGGUGGAGGGUGAGCCGGUGGACACUUGUAGACAAUGUCUCCAUGUCAGCUAAAAGCACAAGAAGCCCAGGUGCCUGCCAUUCUGCCACGCCCAGCGUGCAUCCUGAGGACUCAUGAACUGGCUACCAGUAGAACACACUGUGAAGGUUCUCCAGGCCCUGAACAGCAGGGUGCAAGGAGUAGCUUGAAGCAUCUGAUCCAUUCAUUGCCGCUCCCUUCCCGCUUCCAUCGCAGACCCUGGCUUUGAUGUUGAACUAAGCGCACCUGGUUUACCUGCGUCUGGUGGAACAAACACCCAAUUGUGUGACCUUAAACUGCACCUCAAAGUUGUAGUUUUUUGUAACUGCUGCUCUGCCACUGCUCACUCUUUGAAAUCUGCCAUUAAAGAGAGGUCGGGCAUGGGCGGGGCUGAUCCUUUGAACACGUUAAGCAGGUGGGGUUCGUCAGAGGCCCGGCUUGUAAAUGUGAAUGAUAUCUGCGCGGAGAGUCCCUUAACCUGACUUAAAGCUGAUGCCCUCAUUUUGUAAAUUAUUAGGCAUUAAGUAGCAGCCAAAUAAUCUUAUUUCUAGCUUUAAGUUAUUUACAAAAUAGUUUCUGUUUGCAAAAUUCUAAGUUAAAGUAGUAGUUUGUGCCAUAAUAACUGCUGAUUUAUGUACUUGGUAA